CUAAAUCCCCAGGGACUGCUUCAGCCUUGAGACCAGAGUUAAACUUAGAAGAUCCAAGUGGCACUGCGAUGAAAGGAGACGUUGCCAAAGCACGACUCCCCAAUGGCACCAGCCAAGCCAAGGACCUGCUGUCCCCCUUGGAGGAGAAGAUGGAGGAGCGGGGCCAGUGGAGCAACAAAAUAGAGUUUAUUCUGUCGGUCGCUGGCUCCAUUAUCGGUUUGGGAAACAUGUGGCGCUUCCCUUACCUCUGCUAUAAGAAUGGAGGAGGUGCAUUUCUCAUCCCCUACUUGAUCUUCCUGUUUACUUGCGGUGUUCCUGUCUUCUUCCUGGAGACUGCCCUGGGCCAGUACACCAGUGAGGGAGGCAUUACCUGCUGGAGAAAAAUCAGUCCCUUGUUUGAAGGUCUUGGCUAUGGCACACAGGUAAUCGUGACUCUGUUGAACUUCUACUACAUCAUCGUUCUGGCCUGGGGGAUUUUCUACCUGUCUUUCUCCUUCUCUUGGGACCUGGCCUGGUCGUCCUGCAACAACACAUGGAACACAGAAAACUGUGUGGAAUUUCAGAGGAGAAACAGCUCAAUCAACCAAACAAUUGACCCAAACACCACCUCUCCUGUCAUGGAGUUCUGGGAGAGAAGAGUGCUGAGGAUUUCCUCAGGCAUUGACCACAUGGGCUCUCUGAACUGGGACCUGGCCCUGUGCCUGUUCAUUGCCUGGGUCAUGUGCUACUUCUGCAUCUGGAAGGGGACGAAAUCCACAGGAAAGGUGGUCUACUUCACAGCGACCUUCCCAUAUCUGAUGUUGAUCGUGCUGUUGAUCAGAGGACUCACCCUGCCUGGUGCUGGGAUCGGCAUCCAAUUCUACCUUUAUCCAGACGUGGGACGACUGGCGGACCCACAGGUGUGGAUGGAUGCUGGCACACAGAUCUUCUUCUCCUAUGCCAUCUGUUUGGGGUCGCUAACUGCUCUGGGAAGCUACAACAAAUACAACAAUAAUUGCUACAGAGACUGCCUGUCGCUGUGCUUUCUGAACAGCGGCACGAGUUUCGUGGCAGGCUUUGCCAUCUUUUCCAUCCUGGGUUUUAUGUCUUAUGAACAGAACGUCCCCAUCUCAGAAGUGGCAGAAUCUGGUCCAGGCUUGGCCUUCAUAGCUUACCCCCGAGCUGUGAGCAUGAUGCCUUUCUCUCCUCUGUGGGCUGCUCUCUUCUUCAUCAUGAUUGUCUUUCUGGGGCUUGACAGUCAGUUUGUGUGUGUCGAGAGCCUUGUUACGGCGAUAGUGGACAUGUACCCCGCUGUGUUCCGACGUAAAAACCGCAGGGAGCUCUUCCUGCUAGCCGUCAGUCUCUUCUCCUUCUUCGUGGGCCUUGUCAUGCUCAUGGAGGGGGGCAUGUAUGUCUUCCAGCUGUUUGAUUACUAUGCAGCCAGUGGCAUGUGUCUUCUCUUCAUGUCCAUCUUUGAGACUGUUUGCAUUGCAUGGGUCUAUGGUGCAGAUCGCUUUUAUGAUAACAUUGAGGACAUGAUUGGCUACCGCCCAGGUCCUUACAUCAAGUACUGUUGGUUGUUCUUCACCCCAGCCACGUGCAUUGGUACCUUUGCCUUCUCCCUCAUUAAAUAUACUCCUCUGAAGUACAACAAUGAGUAUGUGUACCCGUGGUGGGGCUAUGUCAUUGGCUGGCUGCUCGCACUCUCCUCCAUGGUCUGCAUCCCACUUUGGAUGAUAUACAAGAUCAGCACCACUGAAGGGACACUCCGAGAGCGCAUCCAGCUGCUCAUCACACCAUGUGACAGCUUACCCAAAACAAAGAGGGAGCAGGAGAAAUUACUGGCCAUCUUUGCUCCUGGGGGAGAUGCCACCAUGAAUACAAAUGGUUACUAUCCUGUUUCAGAGAGAGACUCCAACUUAUGAGGCUUCCACUGGUGAUGCAUGUAGGAAAGACGUGGAGUUUAGUUCCCAUCUUUCACUUGCUGCACCUUCGCCUCCAUCCCAAAGAUCACAGCAGGGAAAGAUAUGAUAAAGUGUCACAUCAUCUACUCAAUACACAACAGACAUGGAGGACUCGGGUGAUAAUAGGCCUACAGUGUGUUGCAUUUGGAAGUGUUCUGUACAUUUCUUGCAUGGUAGUAAUAUGAUAAAGGAAUCAUAAAGAAAAAGAAUUUUAAAAGUCAUUCAUUAUGUGGAUGUAUUUUGCAUAACUUAGAGGUUUUAAAGGGCACAACAACAUUUAUUUCAGGGACAAAAGUCAUUUACUUUACUCAAACUGACUCACUAUAUUACUACGUUGGUAUGCAGUAUAUUGUUUAGUCCCGCAUUUUACUGGUGAUGCAAAUGAAAUAAUUCACUAUCAUCUGAAAUGUAUGAGCCAACCUUGCUCUGAGAAAAUGUUGUUUAUCACAGGAAGUUAGUGUCAUUUUCAUCUUGGGCAAAGGUUGUAAUUGUAAAGAGACAGACAUACACGCUCCCCCAGAGGUCUAUAAAUAAAUAUGUUAGUUUGCAUA